UUGGCUGAGAAGCGAAAUGUUUUCAAAAGAAAAAAAAAGACAAGCAAGUACAGUUGCCUUUUGAAAAAAGCACCUUUGGAACAUUCAUGGCCAAAUAUAUAGAUCACUAUAGAUAAUUCAGGAGAUUCCUGGUUGUAUCAUCUAUGUAGUAAAGAAAAUCAGUUAGGGUUAUCAGCUGAGAAGAGCUAUUACUUCUUUUUCUCAGUUUCAGGCCAAAUAAUUAAGCCUUGCUGGCAUUUGAGUCCAGUGGAAUUCAGUAGGAUUUAGUUAUGCUUUUAUUGCAAUGGGAAAUAGAGGUUAUGGCUUCUACAGACAAUAUAACUGGUGGGACAGGAGAAACAAGAAUUUCUCCCAUGUGGUGAAUUUGGCUCGCUCAUCAAAAAUUAUCCAUGUCAGUUAUAGGAUAUUGAAAAGUAACUUAGGUCUUCUGGCAUCCUAUCAGUUGGAAAACAAAUACCAAGCAAUUGGUUUUUUUUAAAAAAGGGAAAGCAGGAACUCCUGAAUAGGAAUGGGCAACCUGAUGCUGUCCAAAAACCUCACUAUGUCUCCCUUGGUUAUUAGGUGAGUUAUAUGGGAAUUGCUUGUUUUAAACAGCUUAGAGCCUGGCUACCUAGGGGGAUGUGUUUCUGCAGAUUCACAUUCUGCAGGAGGAACCAGGUGUGCUGUUUUUUGAGACAGAUCUCUUAGGCAAAUGAAAGAUGGCCUUUUCCUGCAACACUCUCAGACUAUUCAGCUACCACGCUUUCUCUCUUUAGAAAAUACACGAAAACACCUAUUUCAUUAAUACAUAUUUUUCAUUAUUGUGAUUAUUCUUCUAGUUCCUUUAGGACAGGAACAUUAUUUGGAGAUUCAACAGUUGUCCUCAAGGAUCAUUCAGAUUAGAGGAACUAGAGAGCAAAUCCAUUUUAAAUACUACAUUAUGUGCUAUUCUGGAUACAGUCUCUCAAUUUUAUAUUCUCAUAUGUCAAAAAGAAUGUUAAUGCUAUUUUGCAUUCUCACCUAUUAAUUUUUCUUCUAGUUGACAAUUGUCACAACUUUGUGAUGGAAGGUGAGUUUAAAAGGAGAAUGAGAAAUUUCAUGAAGCGUCUCCAAGAUGAGGUAUGAGAAGUCAUCUCUCAUUCAUGGGCCACACUAAACGCUAUUGUCAGACAAGUGUGAUGGCUGUUAUAGAAAUUUGAUAUAGAUGGAUGUAUGGAUGAAUAGAUGGAUGCAAAAUGGAUGGACAGACAGACAGACAGAUUGAUAAGUAGAUGAUAGAUAAAACCUUGGCAAGAAAACUGCAGGGACUUCCAGAAUCAAACAGAGCUGAACUGAGAGGAAUAAAAGAAGAGCUACCCAGAAUCUCUAUAGGAAGUUGAGCAGCUAUAUGAAUUGAAUCAACAGAUCAAUGCAUUUGCACCCCUUACAUCAUUGUAAAUAUUGAUUUAACACAUUUAAUAGGCCAGAAUUGCAAAUGGAGAGUUUACAUGAUUACAUAAUAACAGGGCUUUUUUUUGUCAUAGAACGCCCAGAACGGAGUUCUGGCACCUUUUUUGGAUGGAACCUUGUAGGGAAGAACUAUCUAAAGGUUCAUCAACAACAACAUUAAUAGAAGCAAGGAGGCGUAUUGAGCUACAUACUUCGAGAUCACACAACUAUAAAUUUUCCAGACAUCAGGAAGACAUUACAACACAUGUAAUCCAGCAGGAAGUGGCAUGCCAUGAUUCCUGCUCUACAAAAUAUCACCACCAGGAAGAUCGCCUUACAACAGAAAGAAGUUUGGUGGAAAUAAAACCGGAAGAACACCUGAAGUAUGCUCAGCUGCAGGACUUUAGAAGGAAUAUGUCAGAUGAAGCCUUGCAGAUACACAAGCUGAAAAGAGAGAAUUUGUCUCUCAGAUGCAAGGUUGAAAAACUAGGCGGAGAGAAGGAGGAAUUCUUGAAAGAUAAUAAAUAUCUUAAAGAAGAACUUAACAGAAAGAAAGUCAUAAUUUCUCAUCUGUUGGUGGACAUAGAAGAGCUCCAAUGUGAGAAAAAGGAGCUUAUUGAUAUCAUUCGCUGCCUGCAUUGGAAGAAACAGCAGUUGUGUGAUAAGUUUGAGGAAAAACUGAACAGAGAGAGAGCAUUAAGAAAGGACUGCUGUAGGUCAUUGAUGUAUAGAGACAAGUUAUUAUCACUUGUGAGUAAAGAAUACAAAAAAUGCUUGGUGACUAUCUGGCAAACAAGUGCAGAUGUUGAAAAACCUCGAAUGCUGGAAAAUGAACUAAAAAAGGAAUGGCUUCAAGCUUCCAUAGACAAUCUCAAAACCAAACAUUCCAAAGAAUCUAGACAAUAUAUACAGGGAUGGCUUCAGGAAUCUCUGAAAAACCUGAAGGAGGAUUCCUCUAAGGCAUCAAGAGACACCCUGCCAGAAUGGCUUAAAGCUUCAGUGAUAAAUCUUGAAAAGGAAUGUUCAGAAGAAUUUAGGGAAGAUGUGAAGGAAUGGCUGGAUAUAUCCAUAAAUCAUCUUCAAGAAAAGGGGCCAGAAACAUCCCCAAUUAAUGUGCAGGGAUGGCUUGAAGCAUCUAUUAAAAGUAUUCAAGAUCUUCAGAAAUCUGAGGCAGAAUCUCAAGGUAGCUUAAGAAAGGGAUGGCUUGAAAAAUCAAUAGAGAACCUGACGAAGCAAGGUUCUGAAGUACCUGUAGAGAAUGCAUUACAGUGGCUUGAAGAUUCCUUAGAAAGCCUCUCAUCUUCUAAAGCACCGGAACCAGUUCUGGAAACAUGGCUUCGAGACUCCUUGAAAAACCUAGAAGAGGAAAGUCCUGAAACAUCUAAUAAAGAUGCCAAAGAAUGGCUUGAAAUAUCUAUAAAUAACCUUGAGGAGGAAGGACCUGAAGCACCUCAUCUAAAUACUCAAGAAUGGCUUAAAGAAUCUAUUAAAGGCAUUCAGGAUUUACAGAAGUCUAAGAUAGCUUUUCAAAAGAGCCUAAGAAAUGGAUGGUUUGAAAAAUCAAUACAGAACCUGAAGAAGCAAUAUUCUGAAGAACCAGCGGAGAAUAUAUUACAAUGGCUUCAAGGAUCCCUUGAAAGUUUCUCAGCUUCUGAAGAACCUAGACCAGUUCUGGAAAAAUGGCUUGACGAAUCCGUGAAAAACUUGGAAGAAGAAAGUCCUGAAGCAUUUAAACAAGAUGCCAAAAAAUGGCUUGAAAUAUCUAUUAAGAACUUGGAAGAGGAAAGAGUGGAAGAACUGCAUUUAGGAACUCAGGAAUGGCUUGAAGCCUCUAUUAAAAGCAUUCAGGAUUUAAAGAAGUCUAAGGUAAAAUUUCAAGAUAGCAUAAAUAAUGGAUGGCUUGGAAAAUCAACACACGACCUCCAGAAGCAAUGUUCUGAAGGACCUUUGGAAAAUAUAUUACAGUGGCUUAAAAGAUCUCUAGAAAGCCUGUCAUCUUCUAAAGCACCCCACCUAGUUCUGGAAAAUUGGCUUCAAGAAUCCUUGAAAAACCUGGAACAGGAAAGUCCUGAAGCAGCUAAACAAGAUAUCAAAAAAUGGCUUGAAAUAUCUAUAAUUAACCUUGAACCAGAAGGACCUGAGGUACCACAUCUAGAUCCCCAGGAAUGGCUUGAAGCAUCGAUUAAAGGCAUCCAGGAUUUCAAAAAGCAAUCGUCUAAAGCAUCAAAAGUAAGCCUGACAAACAGCAGGGAGAGAGUGCUUUGGGUAGAGUCUGCCUUAUCUGAAAGGAGCUUAAGGAAUGGAUGGUUGCAAGCAUCUUUAGCAAGUUCCAGAGAACAUGGUUCUAUUGCAUCCAGAACAAGUGUUCAAGCAUGGCUACAAACAUCUUUGAAAAGACUCAGGGAAGAGUUUCCAGAAGGAGCCAGAAACAACUUGGAGGAAUGGCUCCAAGAAUCCAUACAAAAUAUACAGAUGGGAUGUCCUGAAGAAUCCAUGCCAUAUGUGAAGGAAUGGCUUGAUAUUACUCUUAAUCACUUCCAAGAGGGAGGACCUGAAACAUCCCAUCUAAAUGUGAAGGAGUGGCUUGAAACAUCUAUUCAAGGUCUGCAGGAGGAAAUAGUAAAAGAGAUGACAGGAGGAAAAGAUCCUAAAUUAUGGAGGACAAAAGUACCUGUUUUCAAAGGAAUUCCUUCCCAAGAAAAACAGACUUUAAGGAAUAUACUAGGCAAGCUGAGCUUGUGUUGCAGAAAAAAGCAGAAGCAAAUAUUGAAGACUUGUAGACUCAUCCUUCUGACAGUGUUCAUUUUUGCCAUUUAUGUACAUGUUAGACUGCACUGCGUAGUGAGUAAGCAGGGCCUUAGACCUUACUAAAACUGCAGUACCAGGAUGAAAAAGCUCUAGUUGGCAUUAUAGCAACAUUGUAAAAAAUAUAUAAUGUAUAAUAGUCAAAAUCCUUAGUUUGUUCUUUUUUCAUUUUUAAUGCAGUCCAAAUCUGUCUUAUGGCUGGACUUUCACAACAAAGUGUAGGAAAGAUUGAGAUAAUAAGAAACAUGAAAAUUUCUAAUCUCUUUAAAGAGAGAGAAAACACCAGAGAUAUAUUCAAAAGUAAAAUGCAAAAUCAGAUCCAGUCCCCAACCGCUUACUGAAAAUUGCAGUUUCUACAUUUUUCAUCCCAUUGUCAUCUAAGGGUUGUCAUGGGUCAUUUCUAGUUGCUCUGGUUCAAAUCUGCAUUUUCAUUAUGUCUUCUCACUGCUAUUUAGUGUUCAUGAUUGUUGUUGAUGAUGGAUGCUAAACUUCUACCCAUCUUUUCUACAUAGUGGCUUUUACAGUCCUUUUAUUGUAUGUAUGCUAUAUAUGAUUUUUUUUUUCUUCUUCUUGGGCUGUUGAGUCUCUUGGUUUACAAGUAGACCCCAAUUUAUGACAAAAAGUGGACCAGAAUCUCAGUUGUUGAACAAAACUGUCAUGAGAUGUCAUGACUACUUUGCUCAACAACUUCAAUCCUGAGGGAAGUAAAGCAGACCUUGGGGUGUCCUGGGGGGAAAAAGCCUUGGGGCACAUAAGCCUGGGCCUAUGCUAGGCCUCCCAAGGCCUCUCCCACAGCUGAGGCAUCCACGCUCUUCUUAACAACCGUAUGAUCAUUUAACAACCGCAUUAGAGAGAGCAGGGGAUUGGGGUCAUUGAGCAAGACAAUCACAUUGAUCAUCUUACUUAAUGACUGUACAACUUCUGACAGUAAUGGGCAAACUCCAUCAUGGUUACAGUCGAGGACUACCUAGUGUGUGUGUGUGUGUGUGUACAUAUUUGCAAUGGUUGGAAGUGCCUUACUGGCCAUAAAGUACCCUUUCUGAGGCUGUCAUUAUAUUUGAAUCAUUGUUAAGCGAAUGGUCAUUAAGUCAAAGACUAUCUUUACUUAUGAUGUAUUAGAGGGCUUUAGUUGGUUUAUAUAUUAUUGUGAUCCUGUGUGGUUAUAAUAGUCUGUUAAUUGUUUCAAGAGAUGUUUUUGGUGAAAUUUUUAUCUUUUCUGUAGUUUUAGUUGUACCAUAAAGGGUCAAGUUGCCACACACUUUUUGAAAAAUUGUGUGGUUAUCCAUUUUGUUCCUUUUUCUGGUAUUCUAAGUUGCUGCUGUGCAUUUGCAAUCAUCUACCCAGUUCCUUUUGAGGAAAUCUGGAUUGUUACUUUAUUAACAGAGUUCUGGGUUAGUGUAGGUUGUUUUUCAACAGACUUACAUUUCUAAUGCGCUAUCAUUUCCCCUGCUGAGGAUAUCCAGGCAGAGUAGUGUUAUUGUUUUCUCCUUACCUUGUGAAUUUUAUUCCUUUGAAGAUAUUGUGGAUUGUUCCACACAUCUUCUCUUCACUCUGUUCCUUUUUUAUUUUGAUGUCAUCCGCAUAUUGGAUCCAAACUUUUGGUUCUUUGUGUCGGAGUGCUAAAUUUAUAGGCACUGCAUUAUGAUCUCUGUUAUGAGUCAGGAGAAUAUUGAAUCCAUGAAUGUUCCUCUGAUUUGUAUAUUUCUUGGACCCUGAUAUUCUGAAGACAACUGCAUUUGAUAGAAUAUUCAGUCCCCUCUUUGAGCUAUCAAGGUCUUUUUGUAAAAAAAAUUUCAGAGUUUCAUUUUGGGUAAUGAUACAAUUGAAUAAAGAGUAUAUCAGGCUUAUGUAUUUUGGGGUGCCCUUAGGAGCAUGGGAGGCUGGAGCCACUGCUUUUCAUUUGCCCCUGUACUUCUUUUGGGAUUUGUAGACUAUUUGGAUUCAUGUUAUCUGUUUGGGAAGUUUAGUUUGAAAUUUGUUUUCUUUCUUUCAGCUGGUCUUAGAAAUGCAGUCUUGAUGGUAGUUAUCAGCAUUUUUGUGUUUACUGAGGUCAUGGUUUGUUCCAGUUGCUCCUUCAGGUUGUCUAUGAUGUACUAGAUGGCAUUACUAUAAAACACAAACUAAUUAAGUAGCCUAACAAGAAUCAUUUACAAUAUACAGUGUAAGUUCUGUAAAGCCAAAUGUAUGAGACAGGAGAAGACUAGCAGAGGGCAUCCAUGAAAAUCAGCUAGUAGUGAGAAGACAUAAAGAAAACUCCUUAAUCUCAUAAUACAUGGACAGCAAAGCCACCAAAUACCCAGCAUUGGCAGCAAAAUCAGCUGUUCUUCAGCAAAAGAGAAAAACUGCCUGCCACAAAGCACACAAUUUUGGGGGAAGUCCAAGAGGAUUUACCUGUAGUUUCAGCUAGAAGCUUUUGACCAUCCUAGAAUAAACCAAAUUCAAAAACGAUAGGGAAUUUCUGGAAGCUUGGCAUUCAGACAAAUCAGCCAUCAGUUGAAUCAUAGAGAUAAAAUUUACACACUACUCAAAAGAGACUAUAAAAAGCUAAGAAGGAAACAAAAAGACAAGAAUAUAUUUACUCCAGCAGUCUACACCCAAAAAGUAGGAAUGAACACCAAACAAUCCAGCAGAAUAUAAUACCCUAAUUAAGCUGCUAACAAGGAGAAAACAAUACCUGCAACAGUGGCCGGGCAAACUACUGUAUAGAAAUUGGUAGCACCCCCCCCCCACCAUACACUGACAUUGAUACCAGUUGACUAGACAAGCAAAGAAUGAAGCUCAGAGUAUCAAGGAUUCCACAGUUCAACACUGAACUAUAGAUAUUCUCUUCUAUCAGAUCUCUUUCUGGAAAUACCAAAAUGAAGAAGUCGUAUUUUCUAGUUUCCUAUGCAGCAAGUUGAUAGUGUUCUUUCAUUUUUUUCAACAUCUGCAAUAAUUAAAUAUUGAUUUAAUAGUGAAUUUGUAGUCUAAAACCAGAGGUGGAAGCAAUUUUCCCAGAACUGCCUUGGCUUAGAGUAUCUGUUUCCGCUGCUUCUAGAGUUAUUAACAUCAAGAUCUGCAAAUAAACUGGAAACGUAUCAGGAAGUACUUUUCAGAACUUCUGCCAGUUGGGAAAGAGUGAUAUACUGCUCUCCUAAUGGAAUAUGCUACUGAAACAUGUGCUUUAUAACCAGUGAACACUUGCCAUCAACAAUGGUGAUUUUAUUUACAUGCAGCCUUAGAUUUGUAAGAAGAGGGAGGGAGGGAGCUGUAGCUACACAAAAAGAUUAUGGCACAAGUGAUUUUUAACUUAGAAAAAAAAGACAAAAAGAGGAUAAAUGGUGUUAACAUAAAAAAAAUGGAGAAAAUAAAUACGUAACAUUAAUCUGGGAUUAUCUAAUAAAACUGAAAAGUGGAAAUUCCAGGAUAAGCAAAAGCUGAACUUUUCAUGAAAAAUAAACUGUGAAUCUCAUUGCUACAAACAACAAAAUAAUUCUGUUGUGGAUGAUGACUACGGUUAACUAUAUUUUGAAGGAAGGGCGUUAAGUAGUUGCAUAUAUACAAUUGUUGAUAAAUGAUGUGGGAAACGUGUGACAAAAUAUAUUCAUUUGGAAAUCAAAUGGUCUAUACUUGUUAUAGAUAUGUAUGUGUCUAUAACAUGAGUUAGAAUGUUUCCACUUGUAUUGGUGUGAUACUGACUACAACUCAAAGAAUAGUAAUAAAAUCAGACACGAAAACUUUGUGUUAUCAAUUCAGUAUACUUUAUUUGAAGGUUUUGCAUUUAUUUUUACACUUCAAUUUUAAAAAGUUUAUAAAAGUAAAGCUGAGAUGGGUGCCUAAAAUAUAUGAAGACUUUCUUACAAAAUGCUUUAAAACUAAUUAAAAGAAAAAAAAUAAUAUUCCUGAUUUUGAAAUGUUUCAACUAUAUGUAUAUGGUUUUUGACUUUGCAAACAGAAAAAUAUCCAGUUCCAGAUCUGUAUUAAAUAAAAGACAGCAAAUCUAAACAUCUUCAAUCUAAUUUUGUAUCAAUAAUUUAUCUACAUUGGAGUAUUUGAUUGCUUCCUUUACAUACAUCUAGUGUUAAAACUCAACUAAGGAAGGUUUGUUCUCCACAAUCAUUUAAAGGAUUACGCUCUAAAUAUCUGCAUUUUUGUGAGCAUGAAAAUAAACUGCAAUAUUGUUAUAUGCUAGGUAUAAUAAAAACCAUGAUAUCAAGCAUAUCAUAAUAUCAAUUCAUUAUCAUGAAUUACACAAUUUGAAUCACUUGUUUACUGUCAUGAUGUGUGUGACAUCACUUUCCCAUUGCUUCCCCCAUAAUGUACAUUUGUUACAUCAAGAAUCCUGCUUUAAAAUUGACAGGAAGGUGAAUACAUUUGCAUGUCUUCUUCAAUCUUUUGCCUGUCAGUAGACUGUUUCCAUGAUGCAAAGAUGUAUGAUAAACCACACAUAUGUAUUAUCAUAUUUCUGCACAUCUUUUUUAACAUUCAAAUCUUUUAUCAAUUUUUCAUAAAAUCUCUAUAAUCAGCAGAUUUGAUGAUACCUAUUAAUGAAAACACCUGUAUGUGUGUAUGUAUGAUCCAAGCAGCCCAUCAGUAAUUUUGUGAUAUACAAUAUUUCAAAAGUGGUAACAUAAAAUAAGUUCAUAUCUUGGCAUAAAUGUUACAUGUUUCAUACAGCACAUUUCUACACUUGUUUAACAAAACUAUCCUUGAAAUAAAUGUUCACAGAAUUGCAGCAUUGUCAUGAUUGCAGAACAUACAUAUAAUAUAGCAUGAAUACAUAGAAUAACCGAUGUAACAAAUAUUGAAAGAGCAGAAUAUAUGCAGUUUGAUCCAUGAUGUUUCUUUGCAAACUGAUCUAACAUCACCUAGUAGAAUGAGAAACAGAUUCUUUAAACAGCAAUAACUAACACACUAUAUUACAUUGAUUUAUGCAGCUUUGAAAAGGAACAAUAGAUUGAUGAUGCUCUUAUCCAAAAAGCAGGAUAUGGCUGAAAAACAAAGUACAAUCUUUUAUCUCAUGUAAUGCUCCACUGAAAAUGGUUUUCAGUUUAAGGAAACUUUUAUUGCAGUUAGCCAAAAAUCAUAAAUGAAUUUUGACAUAAAAGUGACUUGAUUAGGACAGAACCAUUCAGACUUUGUUUAUUUAAUAUGCUGCCAUCUCAUUAAAAUGAGUUCUAAUGGCUUAAUUCUAAGGGUUGUGUUUUAUAGAACAGAGAAAACAAUUCUAGAUUAAACAGUAUAAUAUACAAGGCCCAUUGAAUACAAACACCACAUUUUUAAAGUAUUAGCUGCUACAAUUCUUCCUUAUAUCACGCUGAAGAGUUCAGAUCCAUUUUUAGAGUCUUGGAAGAUUCUGCUCAGAAAGGUACGCUGAGUUUCUCCCAUUCACUGCGCACUGUGUCAGUAGUAGUAAUAUUUGGGGUGGAACCACAUCUUUUCAAUUGAAGGCAAUUGAAUCUUUGGCUGGCUCUGCGAUACAUAAUCACAUUCUUUUGUGGAUUGUUUUCAUAGGCAAAGUUUCACUUGUUGAUUUUUAUAGCGGUGGUCAUCCGUGUUAUCUCCAGGCAAUACUAACAACUUUUUUUUCAGCUUUGAGAAUAAUGUACUGAUUCAUCAAACUUUGUGGAAGGCUACAAUUAUAUUACAUUGCUUCAGUGGUGGGAUUCAAAUAUGUGAACAACCGGUUCUCUAUGUGGAUGCCUCUUCCAGAAGUCCAUUCUGGGCCUGGGCAACAAAAAAUUAGCUACUGGUUCUGCCGAAGUGGUGCAAACUGGCUGAAUUCCACCACUGCAUUGCUUUCAAUUUGGACUGGUGACAUGGGAGCAGAGAUAAAACAGUUAAUGACCAGAAUAAAAUAAUUAUGGUGGAUGCCAAUAUUUUUAAGACUAUAAUACUGCACACUGUUUUAUAAACAUCUAUGUAUCUCAGGUUUAAGCAGAAUCUCUGAACAUGUUGUGUCCCUGUUGAACUAGAGUUAAAUGCAGGGACAUUCAAUUCAUAUUUUUUAAAUCAUCAAUGAUUCCUUUCUAAUAAUUAACACUAAAUAAGCUUCAUCAAUAUUCCACUUUCACCUCACCCCCUCCUUUUAAUUAUAUAAUAGGGAACAAAAAAAAAUCUAAGACUUGAUAAGAGCAAAUCUUACCUUAAUCCAAUUUUUCUCUGAAAAUGUAUACACAAGCAGUGGUCUAAUAUUUAUUGUAGUAUAAUUUGUUAUUGAAAUUAAAGUACAGAUCAUUCAUGGAACGAUACUUUUGAACUUCACAUCAGUAUAGGAAAUCUGUUUUACUUUGUAGUUUAACAAUUAGACUAUUCUUUUAUACUGCUUCUUCUGUUUUUUUCUCCUUGGCAUCCCCAUUCAACAAAUGUAGAAUUAUUUAAUCAUUGUCACAUGUUUUUAUUUUUAUAUACAGAGUUAUCAAAGCUAAAACUUAUCAGAAAUCAUGGACUUAUUUCUAAGAACUACAAAAAA